AUGGCUGAAAUCAAAAGCUCAACUCUGUGCCUUUUGGGAUGUGGAAACUUGGGAGGUGCUAUUCUCGAUAGCUUGCUCAAUUCGACGCAAGGCAAGCCUCUAUUCACUCGAUACAUCGCCUGCGUACGCAGUGAAAGCUCGGCAACAAAGCUAAAAGAACGAUUCUCCGGCCACCUGGGUGAAUUGUCAAUCUAUCAAGGCGACAACGUGAAGGCCGCACGGGAGUCCGACGUGAUCAUCUUGGGUGUUGACCCCGCCGAUAUUGAGAAUGUCUUGACACAGAAUUCACUGCGCGAGGCACUGCAAGAUAAACUCUUGAUCAGUAUCGCCGCCGGCUGGACGAGACAGAAACUCGAGCAGACCAUCUACGGAAGCGAGACGACCGCAGCCAACAAAUCGGGGCGAGCGUGGGUGGUGCGCACGCUCCCCAACAUCGCCGCUCAAGUCUCGCAAUCCCUGACUGCAAUCGAAGUCUCCGUGCCCACCCCGCCCGAGCACUAUCUCCAAAUCACAACUGAGAUUUUCGAGAGGAUUGGUCGCGCUGUUCAAAUCGAGCCCAGAUUAAUGAAUGCGACGACCGCUGUUGGAGGGUCCACACCGGCUUUCUUCGCCGUGAUCUGUGAUGCGCUUAUUGACGCCGCCGUGGCGGUCGGUGUUCCCCGGGAUCUGGCACAUACCAUGAUUUUCCAGUCCAUGCAGGGAACUGCCACGAUGCUGCAGGGAGGAAUGCAUCCGGCCGUACUCAGGGACCAAGGGACGUCCCCCGAAGGAUGCACGAUUGGGGGGUUGAUGGUUAUGGAGGAAGCGGGUGUUCGUGGUCAUAUUGGACGUGCCCUUCGAGAGGCCGUGACGCUGGCUCGAUUAAUGGAAACGACAGAGCAUGUUAAUGACACAAGACAUUGA